GCGCGUGCGUGCGUGCGUGCGUGCGUGGGGAGACAGGCUGAGAGAGGAGUGAACGAUCGAGUGAGUGAGGGACCGACGAAAGCGUGCAGCACCGUCAGCAGGAUGGCUUGUACUGACGGCGCUUGGCAUCUGGAAGACAACGCCUAUCUAUCUAGCGUCCACCCGGAACCUGAUUAUUCUCAGUGGGAAUAUACUCACAGAGGUACCCACUUACAAACGCACACGCAGAGUCUCAUACGCACGCCCGCAUGUGCUGCCGCACGCCACCCUCGAUUCGUUUAGAAGGAAACACAAUGUACCAUAUGUGCGCAUGGCAGCCUCUGUCGGAGGGACAGGUGGGCGGCAGUCAGCCGGUCGGAGGUACUGUUAGCUGUGACAUACUGCCGAGGUGCGCCGGCGGGGAGGAUCAUGGAUAGAGAUGCUACAAUCACGGAAGCGUUCGGCGGUAUGAAAAACAAGGUGUUUCAACGAUGGCCUCUGCUUGGAUUCGGAACUAAGACGGUCGCCAACACGUCGGAGACGUCCGAAGACACACUUGUCAAGGACGCCGACGACGGUCUAGACCAAGGCGUCAAGUACAAUCCGCUCUAUCAGGAUUCCGACCAGGAGAGUCAGUACAGCAACCGCGUGCCAGCUUCCGUGACGGUGGUCAGCGAGGAUGCGGAUCGAAAGAAGUCGAAAAACGGCCGCUUCGCUCACCCGCUGUUUUCGGGCAUCGAGAAAAACUACAAGCCGCGGUUUCGCGCGCUGAACGGAAACGUGCUGCUCGCGCCCGACGAAGGAAAGCACGCCAGUAGAGGCGUGCGCGAGGCGUGGAGCGUCGCCACGCCGUCGUCGGCUAGCAGCGGCAGGACGUUGCCAACGACGAGCGGCGGAGACAGCAAGCAGCGCGCGUCGCGCUCGUGGCUUCAUCAGAAACACGAUCGCGAGGAGGGAAGCCACGCGAAGCAGACGCCCCGUAGCGGAAAGCCACGCGACGGAGCGCACGCGGGCGCAGAGGCAAGGCGACACGGUACCGGCGGCAGCACCGCCGACAAGUCGGAUAGGUCAUCCGGCACGACGACGCACGGCGUCCGGCAGCUGUCUCCGUCCCGCCGACUGCAGCGUCCUUCGUACGAAUCCGGAUCGACGUCCGGCGUCCGACCGCAGCAGCUGCGAUAUCCGGACGCCGGCGUGACGUCAUCUUCUCGGCCGCUGAUCGCCGACGGCGGUGUUGGACACGGUCUUCGCGCGAGCGCGCGAUCGCACGCGCCGAACAGUAACAGGACCGCUGCCGAUCAGGGUAGCGUGGACCGUAAGCAGCAGGGCAUCCCCUCGGCAUCAACGACGUCGCAGACAGGCACGCGUCGGUCGGAGGCGUCCUCUGGCGGUCGUACUGCGCGACAGCCGCUGCAGAAGAGUGGCAGCACCGACAACGGCACUGUGAGCGAGUCGUCGGGGGAUACACGUACGACGACGUCCGGUUCGGGAGCGCCGAGACUGGACGAUGCUCGCGGGCCGUUAGCUCGGCCGCUGCUAGAGGAGACAGACGAAGCUGACGCGCAGGGGCAGGCACGCCCCCUGGCAUCGUCUUCUGAUGAGCAGUUGAUAUACGCCGAACCAUACGAGGCGUUAGAAGACGUACGUCAGGCGAUAGCGACGGACGUGUUGCCACGGGAGCAGCCUGACGGAGCUGAACCGACCACUGUCGCAACUGACGGCAAACCUUCGCUCGCGGGCGACACCGAGAAGGCGGACGCGGCGGCGUCUCCGCACCACCAUCACCACCACCACCACUACCACGUAUACCGGCUGCACGAGUCCGAGACGGCGACGACGCCGACGGGCGUGCCGACGCCGUGUCCCGUGCACGGUCCGUCGCCGCACCCGCUCGCCGACACCGAGAGCGCCGUUGCCGCUAGUCCCGAGCCGGCGUACCUGUGCCCCGUGCACGGCGCCGACACUGCAGACGCCGCCGCGGGGGCGGGGGCGAGCUGCAGUCGUCCGCCUCCUAGUCGGCAGGCGGCGGCGGCGGAUUUCGGUAAGCCGCGACGCAAGGCCGACCUGUCGGACAUCGAGGAAGUUCCCGAGCCGACCGUCGACUACUCCGACUCGAACGACGACAGCCAGCCGAGCUCGUUCGGACGUCGGCGCGCCCGAGAGCCGAGUCCCGACUACUCGAGCGCCGAGCGACUCUACAAGCAGCUGAAGGCGAAGCUGUCGUUCGCGCGCCGGCAGCUGAAGUCGGGCGCAAGUCGCUCCGCGCCCGAGCUCGACGCGGCGCCGCCAACGCCCUCUGUCGACUACUCGUCGUACGACUCGCAGACGUCCGGCGACGAGUCGUCGUGGACUUCGUCGCCGGAGGACGACGUCGGCGCGGUCGUCGUCGGCCGUCGUCCGGCCGUGAAUCCGGCGUGUGCCAUACACGGCCAGGAGCAGUACUACCAGGGCGUGCACUUCGCCCAGCGCAACCGCGACAGCUUCUACCGCGCCAACGCUCUGCAGUACGCGGGGAGUCGCGCCACGCCGCGCAGCUCGCUCUACUCGAAGUUCUACACGCCCAGCUUCAGUCCGAUCAUCGAGGAGGAGGAGAAGACGCUGCGGCACACUACGCCGCCCGCACAGAAGAAGCCGACGCCGCAGGACGCGCGCAGCUUCAACAUCAACGCGUACGUGUACACGAUCAACAGCAACGUGUAUAGCGUCGGUCAGACGGGCAAGGAUGAGCUUCACAGCCGCGCAUCGAUAAGCAAGCAUUCGAGUAAAAGCUCCGUGCAGAAGCAGCUGGUGUCCAUAGAUCCGCACUACAACGACAUCGUGAGCACGGUGAAGGCACAGGAGACACGCAAGAAAGUCUGCUACCUCACGCUGGCUCUCUUCGCCCUCGUCGUCUGCCUGGGCGUCGGAAUCUGGAUGAUCAUUCAUUUGAGGAAGUACACCGUCUAGUGACAUCAUCGCUUAAACUUACCAUGGUGAAUAGCUUCUAGUGACAUCACAGUUUGACCUUACUAUGGUGAACAGCUUCUAGUGACAUCACAGUUUAACCUUACUAUAUGGUGAACAGCUUCUAGUGACAUCACAGUUCGACGUUACUAUGGUGAACAGCUUCUAGACCUUCUAGUGACAUCACAGUUUGAGCUUACUCUCGUGAAAAACAUCUAUACUGACCUAGUGAUGCCAUACCUAAAGGACACUGUGUCUGUGACGACGACUAACUUGACGUAAAAUGACGUCAUAGUUUGACAUUACUGAUGUGAGCAGGCUCUGGUGACAUUAUAUCAUGUCGUUCAAUAUGGUAAGCAACAUUUAGUGACAUUACACCUCGACAUCACUGCGGUGAACAGGCGUCUCAUUAUGGUACACAGCACCUAGUGAGUGAUAUAAUAAUCUGAUGCCGCUAUAUGGUGAUAAACAUCGUCUCAUAACGAGAUUACAACGAUAACCCGCAUCUCAUGGCGUCACAUCCUGGUUACUCAACGCCGCGUGAUAGUGAGUUACGUCACCCGCUGAUUGCAAGUUUUAGAAAGACGUACAAACACUGCUGGACGGAAGAAUCAUUUUCUGUGGAUGAUAGGUUUAUAUAGACACUUUGACAUAAAGACUGUGAUAGCGGGUUCAUAGAAAGUUAUUAUUAAUAUUACUGAUUCACCCGCUGACUGUUUAUUCAGUUUAAGUUAUGAUGCUGAAUACUCAAAUGUUGUUGAACGCAUCUUUAGUUUUCUACUGCCAUAGAUGAAAUUGCUACAAGAAUGUGAAAACUGUCUUAAUUUAUAGAUGUCUGUUAUCUAUUUAAGUGCUUCUGUGCUAACUGACAUAAAACAAAUGCCCUGAAAUGUUAUUUAUGCUUAUAGUUAUCAAACAUAAUGGCUAUACAGAAUGUGCCAACAUUUAAUGCCCUGUUAAUUAUUUGUUACUUAUGAUACUGUAAUUGUGCGUAAAUAUUGCACAUAAUAAAAACACAUUUACAAUUUUA